AUGUCCCUUCUCUGCUCAGAGCCCUCUAGCGACUCCCCAUCUCACUCAGAGGAAAAGCCCAACUCCCUCCUCGCCUUCGAAGUGUUCGUGUCUGUGGGUGGCUCUCCUCCACAUGGCCAUUCAGGGACCCAGUCUGACGGCAGCUUUGCCAUCUUCAGCAGAAUCAGCUGGCUCAAAUCAAGGCUCCUGGGGGACAGUCAUCUUGGUGGGCAGCGGGGAGGGAGGAGAGGAAAUCUGGAACGUGGAGCAGGUGGGUCAGCACUGGGGGCCGUGGAAGGGCUCAGAGGUGCGUGCCUCUCUGCAGGUGAGGACUCCAUCAGCACCUUGGGCCUGAUCCUCGGUGUGGGGCUGUCGCUGCUGCUCGUGUCCAUCCUCGGCUACAGCCUGGCCAAGUGGUACCAGCGCGGGUACUGCUGGGAGGGGCCUAAUUUUGUCUUCAACUUAUACCAAAUUCGGAACCUGAAGGAGCUGGAGAUGGGUCCACCCUUCACCAUCAGUGGCCACAUCAGCAGCCCAGAUGGUGGCUACAUGAAGUUCUCCAAUGGGCUAGUCUGAUGGGGGCAGCAUUGGGCUCUGGAGCUCCGGAGAGGAGGAGGCUCCUGGCUCGGCACCAGCCCCUUCCCCACUCCCCUGGACUGCCCUCACCCCCCGGGAUCUCCGAGGCCUGGCCUGACCCCUGAUCAUGGUGAAUGAGGGGGUCUUCUCUGGAUUCCCCACCGGCUGACAUCAUGACAGUCCUGGGGAGAGUCAAGCCUCUGGGGACAGAGUCUGGCUGGGCAGAAGCACCUUUCUCAGAAAGAAAAAAGGAGGCAGCCAUUUCUCAGGACUGGAUCCCAGGAAGCCCUGAGCCUGCCGGAGUCGCAGGUGUCCUGGAGAGCCAACCCCUGCCCAGGACAGCCCAGUGUGGGCAGGGCUCCCACACACCAGAGGGUAGCUUCUUCAUGGGUGUCCCCAGUCACUUCCCCUUGGAGGGUUGACACCAGGGGCCGGAAAUCCAGUCAUAUCUUAGGCAAUUCCAGAUGUGGUUUUAAGCUUCCCACCAGAGGCCAACUUCCCUGAAGGCUGAGCCUAGGCCUUUACUCUGCCCUGUGCUUGGUUCUGGCACUUUCAACCCUCUGCCCCCAACCCACCCACCUUCUGCCUCCCACCCCUCACCCCCGUCCCCCACGCGAUGACAGACCUCGGUGCCUCGCCAAAAUGGCCAGGUCCCAAUCUUGAUGUGCAGUGCUGAGAACAGGCAUG